AUGUUGAAAACAACAUCUCUAUUAGGCACAGCACGUUUUUCUCUUGUAUCUACGCAAUCUCAUAAAUUCUGGCCUUCUUGGAAGUUAUUCUUUAACACAGCUGAUAAUAGGAAAGCGAAAAUUAUAGACACUACUCGAACUUUGAUAAAACAUAGAAAUGAAUAUUAUAGCCCAUACUGUAUAUUGUAUACGGGAAUUCCCGAGAUCCCGUUAAAAAUAAAUAAUUUGGAUAUACUGAGAUCAUUCGGCGUUCUUGGUAUUGGAAUCGCCUUACAAAGCUUUGGGAAUGUCGCGUAUUGCGUAGAUCUAACACGCGAAAGUGAUCCAAUCAGACCAACAAUACCCGCCUCUUCCGUGUUUGAUACAACUCAAAACAGUAAUACUAGACGACCAAUGCAUAACAUUCCAAAACCCCAUAACUAUAACAAGAACAGUGACGACAGUGACAACACGCCAGCAAUCCCACCAAACAUCAAAAAGAUGGCAUUAGGCGGAGCAAUGGGAUUCGCUACAGGAUACUUUGUAAAAAAAGCGAGUCAACUCGUCGCGUUUUCGAUUGGCGCUUCAUUUGUGUUGAUUCAAGUAUUAGAUGCAAACGGAUAUCAUAUCCCAUUCGAUUUAGGUAGAAUUGAAGAGACAUAUAAUGUUAUGUUGGAUUUAAAUAGAAAUGAUAGUGAUGUUGAUGGUGCUGCUAUACAGCGGGAUGUCAAGGAGUUGGCUUGGAAGGUGUAUGAUUUUUUCAGGAAAAGGUUUCAUACUGAUGCUGCUUUUGUGGUUGGAUUUGGGAUUGGGUUGAUGUAUGGUUGA